GCGCCGGGCGCCGCUACCAGAGGGACUGGAGAAUCUGCCGGAGCCGGGCCGGACAGACGCCUGCGAGCCCGCCUCCCUCCGCACCCUCAGCUUUCCGGGCUGGCAGGCGGAUAGUGGCGGCUGUGGAAGUUUUUAAAAUGAAGAAGUUUAAUUUCCGAAAAGUUUUGGAUGGCUUAACUGCCUCUUCCCCUGGCAGUAGUAGCAGCAGUGGCAGUAACAGUGGUGGUGGGGCUGGAAGUGGUUCCAUGCAUCCAGGAGGGACUGCAGGGGUCCUCAGAGAGGAGAUUCACGAAACCUUGACUUCAGACUAUUUCCAGAUUUGUAAGACAGUUCGGCAUGGUUUUCCUUAUCAGCCCACAGCAUUAGCCUUUGAUCCAGUUCAGAAAAUCUUGGCUAUUGGGACGAGAACUGGUGCUAUACGAAUACUUGGGAGACCUGGCGUUGAUUGUUAUUGUCAACAUGAAAGUGGUGCAGCUGUUCUGCAGCUCCAAUUCUUGAUCAAUGAGGGUGCUUUGGUCAGUGCAGGUUCAGAUGAUACACUUCAUUUGUGGAACCUUAGACAAAAAAGGCCAGCUAUUCUUCAUUCUCUUAAAUUUAACAGAGAACGAAUUACUUACUGUCAUCUACCUUUCCAGAGUAAAUGGCUCUAUGUUGGAACAGAAAGAGGAAAUACACAUAUUGUAAAUAUUGAAUCUUUCAUUCUUUCUGGAUAUGUUAUCAUGUGGAACAAGGCAAUUGAACUAUCCACAAAGACUCAUCCAGGUCCAGUUGUACAUUUAAGUGAUAGCCCAAGAGAUGAAGGGAAACUGCUAAUAGGUUAUGAAAAUGGUACUGUAGUAUUCUGGGACUUGAAAUCUAAAAGAGCAGAACUGAGAGUUUAUUAUGAUGAGGCUAUUCAUUCAAUUGAUUGGCAUCAUGAGGGCAAACAAUUCAUGUGCAGCCAUUCAGAUGGUAGCUUGACUUUAUGGAACCUGAAAAGCCCAAGUCGUCCUUUCCAGACCACAAUUCCACAUGGAAAAACUCAAAGAGAAGGAAGAAAAUCUGAAUCUUGCAAACCAAUUCUUAAAGUAGAAUACAAAACCUGUAGAAACAGUGAACCAUUCAUAAUAUUUUCUGGUGGACUGUCCUAUGACAAAGCUUGCAGAAGACCAAGUUUAACCAUCAUGCAUGGAAAAGCAAUUACAGUGCUUGAAAUGGAUCAUCCUAUUGUUGAAUUUCUAACUUUAUGUGAAACACCCUAUCCAAAUGAAUUUCAAGAACCCUAUGCCGUUGCUGUACUUCUGGAGAAAGAUCUCAUUGUAGUUGAUCUGACACAAAGCAACUUUCCAAUCUUUGAAAAUCCAUAUCCUGUGGACAUUCAUGAAUCACCAGUUACAUGCACAGCAUACUUUGCUGAUUGCCCACCAGAUUUGAUUCUAGUGCUCUACUCUAUAGGAGUCAAGCAUAAAAAACAAGGAUACAGUAAUAAGGAGUGGCCAAUCAGUGGAGGAGUUUGGAACCUUGGCACACAGACAUAUCCAGAAAUUAUUAUUACUGGUCAUGCAGAUGGAUCGAUAAAGUUUUGGGAUGCUUCUGCAAUAACUCUGCAGAUGCUGUACAAGCUAAAAACUUCAAAAGUGUUUGAAAAACAGAAGGUAGGAGAAGGAAAACAAACAUGUGAAAUUGUAGAGGAAGAUCCAUAUGCCAUUCAGAUGAUCUACUGGUGUCCAGAGAGCAGAAUAUUCUGUGUAUCAGGAGUCUCUGCCUAUGUCAUAAUUUAUAAAUUCAGCAGACAUGAAAUUACAACAGAAAUAGUGUCAUUAGAAGUACGACUUCAGUAUGAUAUUGAAGAUAUUAUUACCCCGGAACCAGAAACAAGUCCUCCAUUUCCUGAUCUCUCAUCCCAGCUUCCUUCUUCAAGGAGUCUAUCUGGGAGCACUAACACUGUGGCUAGUGAAGGAGUAACGAAGGAUAGUAUCCCAUGCCUCAAUGUUAAGACACGACCAGUGCGGAUGCCUCCAGGGUAUCAAGCAGAACUUGUUAUUCAGUUGGUCUGGGUGGAUGGUGAACCUCCACAACAGAUUACUAGCCUUGCUGUAAGCUCAGCAUAUGGAAUAGUUGCAUUUGGGAACUGCAAUGGGUUGGCUGUGGUGGAUUUUAUACAGAAGACAGUACUGUUAAGCAUGGGGACCAUUGACCUAUAUAGAUCAAGUGACCUAUACCAACGACAACCACGGUCUCCUCGAAAAAACAAGCAGUUCAUUGCAGACUAUUUUUCUCUCUUUCUUCUGCCUGCUGCUGAUGCUGGUGUUCUGGCAUGUUCCAAAGACAACUUUUGCAUGCGUGGCCUGUCUAACUUUUAUCCUGAUUUAACGAAACGGAUCCGUACUUCCUAUCAGAGUUUAACUGAGCUGAAUGACAGUCCAGUUCCCCUGGAACUUGAGCGUUGCAAGUCUCCCACUCCAGGACUUGCUACCAGAACUCCCGAGGCAGCACCAGGCUUUUAUAGGAAUGAAAUACCAGCUGUGAGACAGAGGAAUCAAGUACAUCACUUGCCAGUUAAAGGAUCAAGAAAGUUAAGUCUGCCAACAGAUCUUAAGGCUGAUCUUGAUCAUGUAAAUGGACACUGCACAAGUCCAACUUCCCAGAGUUGCAGUUCUGGAAAACGUCUUUCCAGUGCUGAUGUUUCAAAAGUAAAUCGCUGGGGUCCUGGAAGACCACCAUUUCGAAAAGCACAGUCAGCUGCUUGCAUGGAGAUUUCUUUGCCAGUUACAUCAGAAGAAAGUCGAGAAAAUUCCUAUAAUCGCUCUAGAAGCUCUAGCAUCUCCAGUAUUGACAAAGAUUCUAAAGAAGCGAUUACAGCACUAUACUUCAUGGAGUCCUUUGUUCGGAAAAAUGACUCUACUAUCUCCCCUUGUUUGUUUGUUGGAACUAGUCUGGGAAUGGUGUUAAUCAUCUCCCUAAACCUACCUUCAGAAGAUGAACAAAGAUUUACAGAGCCAGUCAUGGUAUUGCCAAGUGGUACAUUCCUCUCAUUGAAAGGAGCUGUCCUAACAUUCUCCUGUAUGGACCGAACUGGCAGAUUAAUGCAACCACCAUAUGAAGUCUGGAGGGAUCCAAACAACAUAGAUGAAAAUGAGAAAUCUUGGAGAAGAAAGCUGGUCAUGAACUGCCCCUCUCCAUCCCAAGAAAUAGGAGAUCACCAGUAUACAAUAAUCUGCUCAGAAAAACAAGCCAAAGUCUUCUCACUGCCUUCUCAGACUUGCCUCUAUGUUCAUAACAUCACCGAGACAUCUUUUAUACUACAAGCAGAUGUGGUGGUCAUGUGUAACAGUGCCUGCUUGGCAUGCUUUUGUGCCAAUGGGCAUAUCAUGAUAAUGAGCCUACCUAGUCUUCGCCCAAUGUUGGAUGUUAAUUAUUUGCCACUGACAGACAUGAGGAUAGCACGGACGUUUUGUUUUACCAAUGAAGGACAGGCAUUAUACCUUGUCUCUCCUACUGAAAUUCAGCGGUUAACAUACAGCCAAGAGAUGUGUGAUAAUCUACAGGACAUGCUAGGAGAUUUGUUUACUCCCAUAGAGACACCAGAAGCUCAAAACAGAGGCUUUCUCAAGGGACUGUUUGGUGGAAGUGGACAAACAUUUGACAGAGAAGAGCUCUUUGGGGAAGCUUCAGCAGGAAAAGCAUCACGCAGCCUUGCACAGCACAUUCCUGGACCAGGUGGUAUAGAAGGGAUGAAAGGUGCUGCCGGAGGGGUGAUGGGAGAGCUGACUCGUGCACGGAUCGCACUUGAUGAGAGAGGACAGAGGCUAGGAGAGCUGGAAGAGAAAACUGCAGGCAUGAUGACCAGUGCAGAAGCAUUUUCCAAACAUGCACAUGAGUUAAUGCUGAAAUAUAAGGAUAAGAAAUGGUACCAAUUCUAAACUUCUAAAGAAGCUAUGACUGCUUUGAGAAACCAUUAUUCAGGGAAACCAAAUUUAUUCCCAGCAUCACUAUUCAACUGCUAGAAGUUUCUUCCACAAAAUGUUCCAUUACAGUCCAUCUGAAGUUAUCAUAAGGGAGACUUAUCAGAGACACUGUACAACCCAAAGGCUGGAACCCUGGUUAAAACCCCAAGAUAUGGCUGAAUUUGCCUCUUCCCACGUGGAAUGGAGCUAUCAUCUUGGUAUGUCGUUUGCUAAGGAUUUACAUUUAGGAACUACGGGGAGUCCUGAUUUGAAAAAAUCCUGUACAAACAGAAAGCAUUAAUGCACUUAAUGAAAAAAAUUUUUGCAUGAUAAAUUAACAUCUUAAGAGGAAAAGAAAAAAAAAAGCAUGUUGUGACAGAAGAAAAAAAGAUUUAUGGUAAACUAUUUUUAUAAAUUGGACCACACCUGACAAUUUUUAAAAAUCUGUGUUAGAAGAUAUCAGUGCAUUUCAAGUACAUUUGAAUACCCAACUGAAAAAACAAACAAAACCAGAGUUUUCUUUUCAUCUAUAACUUUCAUUAUACUAGGACAUUAUUGAAUUCUUAUGGCAAGAGUCUGAUUAACGUUCUUCUCUCUCCAUAAUAUUUUACAUUAUUCGCAGUUCUUGGUCACAAUCAAAUAUUGCCAGUACAGUAAAUUAUUCCUAACACAAUUAUAUCCAUUUCUAUCACCUUCAGAACAAGUUGCUAUUUUUAGUCACAAACCGUGCAGGGUUGGGUCACCUCGAAGCAUUCUUUCAGCCUGGCUUGUACUCUGCAGGGGAGUUGACAAUAGGUUUGGGGAAACUAGACUUACAGGAACAAUGCAGUUAGCUUUGAGAACUGAUUUCACACACUCUGGUUUCAGUUUCUAAAGUGAUAUAUUUUUAAUGCUCCAUUUGUAUCCUUGUCUGCCAAUUACACAGUAUAUUACUGUUCAAUCCCAGUGAGGUCUUCAAUUCAAAGGUGCUCUUGCACCCUGACACUCACAGACAAAACUGGUCAUUCUCUUUAGUCUGAUUCAGUAAAACCUCAGUUAAUGUUUUAGGAAAGGGAUUCUGACAUUUCUGAUUAGCAAGGGCUUUCAUUAGAAAUUACUUUUUGGUUCAAUACUUACUACUGAAAAUUGUUAUGAAGUGGUGGUGUUUUUGCUAUAGUGGCUUUAGUCACCAUUAUGGACAACAGAAAUUUUGUCACUCAACAGGCUAAAUAACGUUAAGCCACAGGAUUAUGUCAACAGAUACCAAAUACCUAUUCCUUAUUAAAAGCUCUUUUAAAAAUGGAAUAAAGAAUAUCCUUAACAUGAUAAAAGAUGAUCUAUUAUAACUCAACAGAGAGCUAGUAGAGGCAAACAAAAUAAAGAUGUCUGCUACCAUCAUUUAAUAUGAUUCUGGAAGUCAAAAGUCUUAGGAAAUGAACAUAUGCAGAUUCUGGGACCCAUCCUAUAAUAUGUAUGUUGUUCUUUCAAAAAGAAUCUUUUUUAAGAAAAUUAAUGGGUUUGGCUCUUUGAAUUUUAAUUAAUCAAGGUCUUAUCAGACUCACAUUGUGUUUCUUAAGAAUUCACCAUUUUCCUGAAGUCCAGGCUAUUUGAGUAGUCAAAAAUAGUAUUUCUGCUUGUUUUUUGUUUUUAAAUUUUUAGUGAAUUUGUUUAAAGUGGCACUUCCUUCAAAUGUUCUCAGUAAUUUUGAGAAGAACAAAUUAAUCUUUGAGAAGAGUAAUCUUUGAAAAGAGAUGGAGGAAAGAGUCAGAAAAUGUAUACCAGGAUAGCAUUUCUCAGAGUCCUUGAAUUCUCCUGAUUUCUCAAAAAAGCCUUUCUAUGAAUCUCUCCAGACUCCUGUGAACAGCCUUAGGGUAACAGAACCUGACUUGGAAAUACAAACAUGAUACAUAAAAUUAUAUAGUAAAAAUACUGAAGAAACUUGAGACCAGGAUUUGGAAAACACUGGUAGCCAAAUUGCAGUACACUAUUUGUACCAUCAGUUUCAAGGACCCAGUUUUCUGAUUUUCUGAACAAAUACUUUAUAAUUUCUAUAGUUAAAAAAAACUAAAAGAGUAAAAUAUUGGUUUAUUUUAGAAACAAUGAAAUAAAGUCCAAAGUGGCAUUAAAUUCAAUGACUAUCUCUAAAGCCCCAACAGGAUGUGACUUAACUUGUUCUACAUCAGGGUUUCUCAACAAUGGCACCAUUAACAGGAAAUUCUUUGUUAUGUGGCACUGUCCUUUGCACUGCAGAUGUUUAGCAGCACCCCUGGCCUCUCUCCACUAGAUGCCAGUAGCGACCCCCACUCCCACCCGCCCCAAAAUGACAAUCAAAAAUAUCUCCAGCCAUUGACAAAAUUACCCCCAGUUGAGAGCCACUGUUCUACAUCAUUUGGAGACAGAUUAAAUGUGAAUAUGUAAUAUGUCUUGUAUAAAAUUAAACAUCGUUAGUACACAGUAACAAAUUAUUAUACCCAAAAUUACAUGUGUGAUUCGUAUGCAAUAAAAUACUAUUUUGGGGAAAGCUUACAUGAAUCACUGAAAGAUAACAAUUACAGAAUAUUUUAAAGCAUACAGAAAAAAUACCAGAAAGGACAAAAUAGCAUUUCACAGAAGUGCUUAAAACUGGCUUUAAUGAAUAGAUCAAAAGUUUAUAAUUGGCACGUCAAUCGGAAGUAAGGUGCUUCUGAAAUGCUUGAAAAGAAUAGGUUCUUUUUGUCUUUCAAUAUUGUUUUUAUAAACCCUUUCUUAAUGUAAGGGUAACUUCAUCCCACAAACUCCUGAUUAGUGGAAUACAAAUUAAUGAGGUUUUACUGUAUCAAAAUUAUUUUUCUAAUUCAAAGAGACAGCAAUAACAAGAAUCUAAUAUGGACGUGAUUUUUCUCUUUGAACAUUUCUGUUCUGUGGCACUGACCUUAGCAUGCACACACACACACACACACACACACACACACACACCCACCCACCAUCUUACCAUCAUCAUCAUCUUUGGAAAAGGAGUACUGUUGAUCCAUGUAAUACUUUACAUCCCUCUUCUCUACUAUUUAAAUGUCUUGCCUCUAUCUUGGAACAUAAGAAAAAUACUCCUAGUAACUUGAACAAUGAUAGAGAAAAUGACUCUGAGCCUUAGUUGUCAUCAAAAUUACAUUUUGUCUGCUUAAGGUGACAUCAGAAGAUAAGGCUUGCAAACCACAGUCUCUCUACAAGUUGACCAUAUCUCAUUAUGACUCCCUGAAGAGAUAAGCCCUUCUUAGUGUCCCAGGAGAAAAUGGGCCUUUAGCAUUAUAAUUCAUCAUGAGGCUAGAGGUAUUUUUUUUUCCUGGUUCUAAUAAUGCGAGCAAUAAUCCCUACUAAGAAAUCAUCCAUUAACCUUGGAGUUCGGAGGGAUGGAUGAUUGAUUUAUCAUUUAUUUUAAUCCCCUGCAAGAGCAGUACUACCAGCUCUGCUCUCUACACUUCACUGAGACCUGGACUUAGUGCCCGUCAUCAUCACAGUCAUUAUCUGACUAACUUUGGAAGGAUGGUGACAGAACUGAGUGAGAUGUUUUCUGAUAAUUCAGUCAUAAAGAUAAUUUUUCAAAUCUUUCAUAUAGCAUUUGAAUGAUUCUCCAGUUAAUAAAUCAGAAUCCAAGUCUCUAGUACUCAAAGAUCUUAAGGGAUUGUAAAGGAAAAAGUUUACUGUUGGAGUCCUUUUUUAAAAUGUGAACCAUGUGUCUGUUAUCUGCAUUAAGGGAUCACCAUGGCUUUGAGGAAGGAAGAGGAAAAUCAAGGUUAUGCCCAAGGUUGGUUGAAGAAGAUUAAGAUUAGCUCUUUGAGAUACUUGGUUUUAAAAUGUUUGGCAGAAGGGGAAAAUGAAGCAGAUUUAGAAGAGUAAGCUAAAAGCCCUCUCAUUGGUUUAGGGUCAUUGGGACAACCCAGGAGUAUCUGUGUGAUUACAGCCUGUCUCCAUGGGAAGGCAUUGUAACUUGACCACUUUUGUUCUGAGAGGGCAAUGCCAAAAGGAGUCAGACGUUUCUGUGAGGCCUGCUCUUUGCAUCAGGAGAAACGUGGUAGCCUUCACAGCUUCUUCACCUAUGUCCUCUGUAGCCCCAACCCCACUUGUGACCAGUUACUGUUUCACAGACACACUGCUCCAGGGGCCAGAAAUACUUGCCAGUAAGUCAUGUAUUUGGAUUGCACCAUUCCAGGGAGCAUGGCUGUAGAAUUUUAUUGUAUAUAUGUGCAGACAACAUAGCCCUGAAAGGACAAAAUUCAAAAUAGGAAAGGUCUGACUUAGGAAAGAAGAGGAAAUGCAGUUUGGUACAAGUGGGCUGCGGUAAAGAGGGACAUGGGAGCCAGAGUGAAGCAUAAGAAGCUUUGAUGAGGAACCGAGGCACAGUUGGUCUAUUUAUACAUUUAUGUAGGGAAGUGAUUCUCAACUUUGGCUGUGCAUAAGCAUCACCUAAGGCGCUUCUAAUAUUCCCAGUUACACCAAAAUCUUUCAGAGUGGGAACCAAACAUCAGUAUUUUUGAAAGCCUCCAAGAUAGUUCCGAUGUCCAGCCAAGGUUGAUAACUACUACUAAGGAAGACACAUUUGUCUGCCCUGACCGGUGUCUAAGCCCCACUUCUGAGGGGUCAAGGAAAGCAAGAUAUUGGAGAUAUUGGCCAGAUUGAUAUUUAUUCUGUGUCGCAACCCAAAACAAAUGUUCUGUAUAAAUUUCUGACCAGGCAGUGCCCCAUUAAUUCUUAAUAUCUCUGUCUUUGUGAUUUUCUCCUAUAUGACUGGCCACUAAUUAUUCCAAGUCAAACAUCUAGGUUUCAAUUGCCUUAUACAUGUGACAUCACCAGACACCAAAGAUAUCAUAAGAAAUUCAAUACCAUGCAACGCGAAGUGGAAAACUAAUUCUCAAUAGUUGGAUAGUAGAAAUUCUCAAAACAAUCAUUUACCAAAUCAGGUCCAAAUUUAUUAGUCAUUCUUCAUUUGGAGGAGACAUGGGUACCAGGUACCUGUUCUGCCAUAGCUAUAUUUUAUUGGACUUGAUCUUAGCAAGAAGGGAGAGCAACUCUCCCUUUUUGAUUGUUGUCUUUGCUCUCAGGGCAAAGGAGUUCGGAUUUAUUUUCUUAGUUACUGGACAUGUGUUUAAAGGGAGAAGAAUGCCUGCAGCUGACUAUGUGGCCUCCAGUGCCCUGAAAGAGUGAUUUCACCUUCAAAAAAGGGAGAGUCCGCCUAUCCAAGGCAAUAUUAGUCAAUGAGAAAACAGGAGAGUUCUCUCCUCUCACACUGCUCCCCUCUGGUAUUGGCCCAUCCUUCUCAACUGCAAAGCCAGAAAAUAAACUAGGUGGUAGUUAUGGACAAGUGUGCACAGGAUCAAAAUCUCUAAUAACCUAUAAUUUUUAGUACUUAAUUAUGUGAUGUUUUAUUCUAGGAAAUAAGAAACAGAUGACAUCAUUGAUGUAUCUUUCUUUCAUCUUCAGAAUUUUUGCAUCUUUUCAGAAAAUGACAAAUUACUAUUUUUCUGUUGCACUCAGCAAUUGUGACUAUACUUAAAAUUCUUGUAGUCUGUAGAGAUAUCAAUAAAAUUGUAUAUGUUUGUACAUAGAUGCUCUCUUAUGUUAUAUCAUACACCACUAAUGAUUGUUGCCAAGAUUAAAUAUGGACAGAGGUAAGACCCUCAUUUGCAACAGUGUGAACUAUGGUUUUGCAAACUAAAAUUGUUUUAAACAGGGGAGGUGGGUGGGGGAGCGAUGUACAGCAUAUGUAUUUGAACUAAAAUAGAGAAAGGGAAAAAAAAAACUAAACACAAAUUCCCCAAACUGAAAGAUUUUACUAGUUUAUUAAUCUAAAAUGGUAGAAAUAAAUAAGAUGUACUUACAAAUUCAACAUUCAUACCUACUUCCUCACUUUUUUAAAGUUCAGACUUUAAUCCCAUGCAGGCAAAAAAAUAAGCUAUUAUGGGCUUACACCACCACCUACUGGUUAUUACGAACAUAUAUUAACCAGCACCUGCAAAAGUCCCCCAGAAAGCCUGCACUCUUCUGCUCCUCUGGCUUUCGGCUGCAUGGUUAAUUCCUCUUCACGCACUUUCUUUAUAUUUACCUCCACUGUGGCCUUGGCCAACUACUCUUACUCUUCCAAAUGCUGUCUAAGUAUUUCAGAAAAAAUUUCCCACCACCACCAUUUCCCUCCUAGUUUCGGUUCGAUAUAAAAAUGGGAAAAAAACCGAACCAACCCUAGGCUAAAGAAUGUUUUCUGAUUUAAAGUAAAACUAUUAAGAUAGACUCUUUAAAAAUCCAAAUACCCAGUCUCCCCUUCGGAAUUUUCUCAAAAGGAUCCAUUUACUUCCUCACCCUCUUUGAAUUACAAUCACUCAGGCUUCACGUAUCUGUAAUUCAGUGUUUAAAAUACUGAUUUGACUUUUUUCCUUCCUUCUCUCCCUCCCUCUUUUCUUUUUCCAUUCAUUCAGUCCAAAAGUCAACCAACCUGAGCAAGUUCUGACCACAGCCCCAUGUAGGGACUGCACUGGAGCAGGGUGAGAGGGACAGCCCCUAGGAGGACAGAGCUGGAGCGAAGGGCUGGGUCAGCCCUCAGGUGGUCAGUAGUGGUGCCUGUGUGAGGGAGGCGGUGGAACAGGGCAGAAGCCAGCCCAGCAGGUCAGGAGAUUAGGGACUGAGCAAUUGGGUGAAUACACUGAGGAGGCAGGAGGCAGGUUUCUCACCGACGGAGAAGAACAAGUAAAAGGGAAAGUGAGAAUAACCUCUGUAGCACUGGACUAGAAUUUGAACUGUCAGUAUGAGUUUUCUAUAUACACAUACACACACAUAUAUAUGAUGUAACAAAGUGUGUGUGUGUGUUGUACACAUGAAUAUCCUAAUUCCGAACACCAAGAGGACUAGGAGCAACACCCGAGGAAAAAGGAGCAUACCUAGUGCCUAGAUUUUUAUUUCUAAACACUAUUCUCUGCUAAAAGGAACUGGGGCUCCUUGAAGAAAUAGCUGAUUUCAAGGGUGAAGCAUGUUUUUGUGCCAGAAAAUAUCCAAAGAAUCAUGGGGAUGUGUCAAAAGGACACAGAAGUCAGCUUGCAAAGGAAUAUACAGGCCAAAUCAGGGAUAAUUUGGAUCAAAAAGUAAUGAUAGGAAUUGAAUAAAAUAGGAACUCAUGAGUCCACAUUGACGUUAACUGAUUAAUUAGGAAAAGAGAAAGCUCUUCUUUACUGCAGAAUGUCAACCAACAAAUGUGGAUGGAAUUUUCAAAUUUCUCUUUGGCAACCACUGUAGUGAUAAUAUGGGCAACAAAUACCAGUGGAUUCCAAAACUAGUGGGUUAAAGUGGGAUAGAGGAAUAGGAUAUUUACAUAGUCUCAAAGUAUCUUCAUAAAAAGUACUUAUUAAUCACCAUAUACACACACACACACACACACAUAUAUAUGUAAAUAAUUUUACACUGGAGAAACCCGGCAGACACUAUUUUAAUCAGGUGAUCGAUGUUACCAUCACCAGUAGGGGAACAAUCAUGUGCCAUCUGACAGCAUGUAAUGAAAAGAACACAGCAUCACCUCUGUGAUAAUUCUGCCAAAAAUGAACAAUAUGGAAAUAUUGGAUAAAACCAAACUGAGAGACAUUCUAUAAAAUGACUACCUUGUAUUCCAACUUUCCAAGGUCAUGAAAGUAGAGGAAAGAUGGAUGUUCCAGAUUUAAGGAGACGUGACAAGUGGGUGCAACACAUGAUCUGGAAUUGGACCCGUUUGCUAUAUAAGACAUAAUUGGCCCAAAUCAC